AUGGAAAUCUACGUCUCCGCGCUUUCUCCCGGGUUGGAUGUCGGUGCAGGAUGUUUUAUCCUUGUUGUCGCUGUGUUCUCUAUUGUGGGCAAUCUGCUGGUCCUCAUCAUGGCGUUCAAAAGAUCGUCUAAAAUGAAGCCGCCGGAGUUGCUAAGCGUGAAUCUAGCGGUGACGGAUUUGGGAGCAGCCAUCACCAUGUACCCGAUAGCGGUGGCGUCGGCCUGGAGUCACCAUUGGCUGGGAGGCCGCGCUACCUGUGUGUACUACGCUUGGGCCGGGUUCCUCUUUGGAGUAGCUAGCAUCAUGAACCUGGUCAUCUUGGCGAUAGUGCGGUUCAUAGUGUCGCUCAACAUGCAUUCUCCCAAGGAGAAGAUCAGCUGGAGGAACGUGAAGCUGAUGUGCGUCUUGAUUUGGCUGUACGCUCUCUUAUGGGCGGUGCUCCCCCUAAUGGGCUGGGGGCGCUACGGUCCCGAGCCCUUUGGCCUGUCCUGCUCUCUGGCCUGGGGCGACAUGAGGGAGGACGGCUUCUCGUUCGUCAUCUCCAUGUUCGUGUUCAACCUCCUGCUCCCCACCAUCAUCAUCAUCGGCUGCUACUUCGGGAUCUCCAUCAAACUUUACGCGACCUACAGGAAAGCAGGACUCAGCUAUAACCGGAUGCCAAAUAUUAUCAAGCUUCAUCGCAGACUGCUCAUAAUCGCCAUCCUCAUGAGCGUCAGCUUCAUCGGCUGCUGGACUCCCUACGGCCUGGUCAGUCUGUGGUCCAUCUUCAGAGGAAGUAAAUCCAUUCCCCCCGAGAUCAGCCUCCUGCCCUGUAUGUUUGCCAAGUCCUCCACUGUUUACAACCCACUUAUCUACUAUUUCUUCAGCCGAAGCUUCAAAUCCGAGGUCAACAAACUGUGCUUUUCGUGGCGUCUACCCAAACUGUGCCACAUGUCAAACUCCAUCAACGAUACCACUAUUUACGUACUUGGGAAUGAUGGGAAAUCCAGAGAGGUGAGACCUACUUUACCGGAGUCGACAGAGACGAUAAUGGCGACGACGAUUGGCUGAAGCAGAACUCAAGGACUGGUGA